AUGUCGGAGAGGGUUGACUGGUUACAAAGCCAAAACGGAGUGUGCAAAGUUGAUGCCUAUUCACCCGGAGACAGCCAACCCCAAGAAUGGAAAAUGGAUGCCUCAACUGAUCCUGUCAGAGUGCUCAGCUGGCUCCGCAGAGACCUGGAAAAAAGUACAGCAGGGUUCCAAGAUGUUCAGUUCAAGCCUGGAGAGUCACCAGUUGGUGGAGAAGUGACCACUAGUUCAGGAGACCCUCGCAAGACAUUCACCGUGGACUAUUGUAACACGACCAAUAAGGGUAAUCCAGGGAGACUGCACUUUGAAAUGAGUCACAAAGAGAACCCACCCCAGGCCCAAGUCGCGAAUGGGAGUUCAGUAGAUGAAGUUUCCUUCUAUGCCAACCGCCUCACAAAUCUAGUCAUAGCCAUGGCACGAAAGGAGAUCAAUGAAAAGAUAGACGGCUCUGAAAACAAAUGCAUCCAUCAAUCACUGUACGUGGGAAAUGACCCCCCGCCCACCAAAAGCCUGAGUACAGUGGCAUCAGACCUGGUCAACGAGACCGUCUCUACAUGUUCCAAGACUGUUGCUGCCUCUGAUAAAGCUCCUGGCUCUGGUGACAGAGCCUUGGGGUCAUUACGGAGUCCCCCCAACCUGAGAUACAAGACCACUUUGAAGAUGAAGGAGAGCACCAAGGAAGGCCAGGGUCCAGAUGAUAAACCUGCUUCUAAGAAGUCUUUUUUCUACAAGGAAGUGUUUGAAUCACGGAAUGCCGGUGAUGCCAGAGAGGGUGGACGGUCAGCCUUCCCUGCAGAAAAGAGGCUAUUCAGAGGGUAUGAACGUCCCGAUGAUUUUACAGCUUCUGUCAGUCAAGGGAUCAUGACCUAUGCCAACAGCGUGGUCUCUGAUAUGAUGGUCUCCAUCAUGAAAACACUGAAGAUCCAAGUAAAAGACACAACCAUUGCCACCAUCUUGCUUAAGAAGGUAUUGAUUAAGCAUGCAAAGGAGGUGGUCUCAGAUCUCAUAGAUUCCUUCAUGAAGAACCUCCACAAUGUCACAGGGACACUCAUGACCGAUACAGACUUUGUUUCCGCUGUGAAAAGAAGUCUUUUCUCUCAUGGAAGCCAAAAGGCCACAGAUAUCAUGGACGCCAUGCUGGGUAAGCUGUACACUGUGAUGUUUGUUAAGAAACCUGACGAUUCAAAAAACAAGGACAAGUUUGAGAGUUAUUCCCUUGUCUCCAUGAAAGGAAUGGGUGACCCUAAAAGCCGAAAUGUGAACUUUGCAACAAUGAAAUCUGAAGGUAAAUGGAGGGAAAAAAUGUGUAUACCUGUAUGCAAGUCAGAGAAAGAGAAGAGUUGCGUUGAAACUGUAGGUGAACACAUUAUCAAAGAGGGACUGGCCAUGUGGCAUAAGAAUCAACAAAGAGAAGGAAAAUCUCCAGACUUCCAGGGUGCCACGUUCGCAACUCCCAACAAACAGUAUAAGCCUGCACCAGACAUUCCAUUGGGUGUUCCCCUGGAUACUUGCAACUUCAGCCCUCCUCUGCAGCACCCAGAGAAACUUGAGAAUUUUAUGUGUGACUCAGACUCCUGGGCAAAGGACCUAAUUGUUUCUGCUUUACUUCUCAUUCAGUACCACCUGGCCCAGGGAGGAAGCCUGGAUGCACAGAGUUUCCUUGAAGCUGCCAGCACCACCAACUUUACCCCCAAACCCCCUCUAGUUUCUGAAGAGUUCAGCCGUAAAUCUCCUCAUGUAGGAGGUGACCAACCAACAACAGAAAAGAAGGAUCUAAUGAGCGGUUUUUUCAACCUUAUUCGGAAUUUACUCAGUGAGACCAUUUUCAAGAAUGACCGUAGCUCUGAUAAGAUUCCAGAACAGCCAGUUAAGGAAGAUAGGCAACAGUGUGAAAGAUCUGUUACCCCCUCUCCCAUCAAACUCUGCGAAGGUGAUGAAGUUGGUGGUACCUUAGCUGGGUUAACCAAGGCAGUCGCCAACCAGCUGGAUGGUCACAUGAAUGGACAAAUGAUAGAACAUCUGAUGGACUCAGUGAUGAAAUUGUGUCUCAUUAUUGCCAAGUCCUGUGACUCUCCCUUAGCAGAGCUGGGAGAUGAUAAGUGUGGGGAUGUCAGCAGGCCAACUUCAUCCCUACCAGAUAAUUUAUAUGAAUGUUUCCCAGUCAAGGGCACGGGGACAGCGGAGGCUUUCUUGCAAAAUGCCUAUCAAGCUAUCCAUAAUGAAUUGAGAGGUGUAUCAGGACAGCCCCCUGAAGGCUGCUCAAUCCCCAAAGUGAUUGUCAGCAAUCACAACCUAACUGACACAGUCCAGAACAAGCAACUCCAAGCUGUACUUCAAUGGGUAGCUGCCUCUGAGCUCAAUGUCCCUAUUUUGUACUUUGCUGGUGAUGAUGAAGGAAUCCAGGAAAAGCUACUUCAGCUCUCGGCUGCCGCGGUGGAGAAAGGCCGCAGCGUGGGGGAGGUGCUGCAGUCCGUACUGCGCUAUGAGAAGGAGAGACAGCUGGACGAGGCGGUGGGCAACGUCACGCGGCUGCAGCUGCUGGACUGGCUGAUGGUCAACCUGUGA